AUGUCGAAGCGUCCUGGCGCAGUGGACACGCCCAAUCUCGCGAAACUUUCCCUCGACGACGACGAUGAGGACCUCUUUGCAAGUCCAGAAAGCAGCGCAACCACACAAAAACACGCUCCAGGGUCGGCGACUACUUCAGCUCAGCGCCCGCAGCCUGUACGGACCCAAACAAAACAGGAAAUCGAAGAUGCCCGCAAUGCUCAUUUGCAGGCCGAACUGGAAAAGGUGCGCGAGGUCAAUCGCGUAAUAGAAGGCGUUACUGCGAGCUUGACCAGAGCGAAAGGAAACAUGGAAAAUGUCCACAAGACUGUCAACAAUGCUUCGACGUUGCUUGCGACGUGGACGAGGAUAUUGAGCCAGACGGAGCACAAUCAGCGAGUAAUCUUGAAUCCCAACUUCCAAGGCGCAUCGCAGGAUCUGGAGGAUAUUGAGAACGAUGUUGUGCGCCGGCAGCAGGAGGUGGAGAGACGUGCUUAUGAACAGCAGCGGCGGCAAGAAGAGGCACAGCGGAAGGCAGAGGAGGAAGAGAGGAAAAGAGCUGCUGCGGAAGCGACGAGAACGAGAGCAGGUUUGGGCAGGACGAAGAGUACGAGGGGCACUACGAGCUCGUCAAGAGGCUACACCGGUGUUGGAGGGCAAGUUGGGCGCGGUAGGGGGUUGACUGCUGGUACAAGGGGCACCGCUAGCUACGGCAGAGUGUCCAGUGCGACCAGGGGGCGCGGCCGAGGGCUGGGUUGAGCGGUAAUGAUCCAAAACGAUCCGACUUCUCAACAGACAUACACUCGGCUUGCCUUGACGCACCAUUCAGUAUGCUAGUCCUCGUACAGCUCUGUGGUCGUCUCCCCGCCCAACGCGGCCUCGAGGUGUCGAUCGAGCUACUGGACAUAGUUGCUGCCAGCAUUCAUAAUCAGCUGGUCGAGCACAUGUGAAGUGUCAAAUCGACUUGUGCAGCCUCAUCCGAUGUAGCCGUGGCGGUCAUGCGAGUAGGGAACCGCUGUGUCAGUAAACCGACGCACGACCUCAACAGUCAGUAGCCGACCCGGAGACAGUGUCACUAUCAGAUGAAAUCACCAAGGACUUCAUGCAGGGUCUUCAUUGAUGCUCAUCUACAUGUCGUAGGUACCUCAGCUCUUCAGCCGCAGCCUUGUUGGUCUCUCCAACUCCACUUGCUUUAUGUGGUAUCCAAUCUACUCCUUGCUCGUUUUCUCCUUUGCGGCCUGGUCUAGCACACCACCUGGAUUGCUGCCCAGGUUCUUCAACUGGUCUUUGCUCUGCUCGCCAGCUUGCUGACCUGGCUGAUUCUGACCUUGGUCGUUGACAUUGCCGGCCUGGACGCCCUUUUGGCCCUCGGUUUGCUUCUCUGGCUCUGGGGAUUGACGGCCUUGGUUUGGUGCAGACAUUGUGAUCUGAGGUGAAUUAGAUCUCUGACAACUUCAAGGUGAUGGGCGAACACGAACCGUGCUUGUUGAUGGUGAUCAGAGAACUGGCUUUAUUAGCGGAAGAAAUUGGAAAACGGCAAAAGCUGUAACUUACCGGUUAGAUUGGUUUGUGGGGGAGCUGGUAAGAUCUCAAUGUUGUCGUUGAUGUUAUUGUUGUUGUUGUCGUUGUCGAUGUCUGUUGAAGUUUAAAAAGUGUUGAUGGAGGGGUGAAGGUGGGACAAACAUGGCAAGAGCGAUGACGACAAGCGCGAGGCGUCAGAACAGCGUCACAGCUCAUCUACAGGUACCUAGCCUAGCAGGAGCGUGGGAGCCAAGGCCGACCCGAGCAUCUGCACAACUCCGACAUCAUCUUCACUUCGCUGUUUUGUGUAUACAAGGGACUCUGCUAGCUCCAAGCCACCAGCCAAUCCUACGAAUGGAUACAAACAGAUCACACGUUGACAUGAUACGAAGCGAAGACACGGCGAGGCCUGUGAUCGCGGCCGUCUGGUGCUCUUGAUACCAUCAGCAAGACCAGACCUAUGCAAUUUUCUCUACAUAGGUACCUACGGCGGAGACAUUGUAUGCACGCUUGAAGUGCAGUUUGUCCUCUUGAGACGCCGAGGAGAGCCAGGGGAUUAUGCUCUGAUACACAGAAAACGGACUCCAAUGCACCAUGUCGAAAUUGCAUCUCGCGCUGUAGACCCAUUGGCUACCUUGGCAGCAUCUCACAAAGCCUCGCACGCUGGUGAAUGCUCCAGCCCCUUACGCCUCAGCAUCGGUAUUGCGAUGAGCUCGACGGCCUGGAGAUUCAUGGAAUGACCC